CUAAUGAACACAUUGUCAUUCACAAUUUAAUUUGCCUGAAGCCUCAAUCGGUGCGUUCCUUUACACGAAUUAGUAGAGCAACAACAAAAUGUCCAGCAAGGCCAAGACGAAGAAAUCGACCAAGAAGCGAGCUCAGAGAGCAACUUCUAAUGUAUUUGCAAUGUUCGAUCAGUCGCAAAUUCAAGAAUUCAAAGAAGCAUUUAACAUGAUCGAUCAAAACCGUGAUGGCUUUAUUGACGCGGCUGACCUGAAAGAUAUGUUUGCCUCUCUGGGCAAAGACGUUACAGAUGAUUACGUGGAAGACAUGUUGAACGACGCCAGCGGUGCCAUCAACUUUACCAUGUUUCUGACCCUCUUUGGAGAGAAACUUAACGGAACCGACCCUGAGGACGUCAUUAGGAAUGCAUUCGCGUGUUUUGACGAGGAGCAGUCUGGCCAGUUGCAAGAGGAUAGAUUGGUCGAUUUGCUGCAAACUUUAGGCGAUAGGUUUUCCGAUCAAGAAAUCGAUGAUAUGUUGCAUGGGGCUCCAGUAGAUUCCAAAGGCAACUUCAAUUACGUGAAGUUCACAAGAAUAAUCAAGCAUGGGAAGGAUGAUGAUUGAGAAGUCACUGUGAAUAACUCGCGCAACAAGGAACUUUGUUUCCAAUUUUGUAUAUUUCACAUAUGGGGCCAUGUGUUUUCGGCCUGCCAUUGUUGGGGGUGUAGUCUCGCCAAGACUAUCUUCCCAUACAAAUGAUUAAUAAAAGCUCUCCUCAGUUACUUUGA